AUGCCGGGCGGUGCGGAGGACGCCGCGUGCGCCGCGACGCGCGUGCGCGGUGAACUUAACGCCUCGUGGCCGCGCGGAAGAACGCCCGCGAGCGGGUCGACGCCGCUCGUCGCGCUCGCGAAGAAUAUGUCCUCGGUGCUUCAACAUUUUGAAGCGGUGAAGACGACGGAUGCCGACGACGAGACGACGCAGGUGGCUUCGCUGCGCGCGUUUAGCGAGCGAGAGGUCGUGGUGGAUGUGUACGAUCGAUCGGGCGGGGCGACGCGAGCGGUGCGUGAGAAGUUGGGCGCGGUGGGCGGGACGCGGGUGCGGGAAGCCAGAGACGCGAGCGGCGACGGCGACGUCGGGUUGGUCGUCGUCGACGGGCAGGAAGAAGAGAGUUUCGAAGCGAUCGGCAAAAUUUUGAAGCAGUCAGGCGUGGCGUCGACGCGAGUGAUCGUGCUCGUGUAUGGGGCGGCGGUGGGGACAUUGGAGGAGGCGCGAGCGCGAGCGGCGCGAGAGACGCGAGCGCCGAUUGAAAACGUCUUUGCGACGUUUGGGAUUUUAGACGAGUCGACGAGCGAGCGGUUGGAUUCGUUGUUGAAGAAUCCUCCGCUAAGAUCGACGUUGGAGACGUCCGCUGAAGUGAGAGUGUCUGUGCCAGAACCGGUGUCGGCGUUCGCCUUGGACGACGAAGACGAAGACGAAGACGAAGGUUUGACUUCGAUCGCGUUGUCGGACGCGAAGGUCGAGCGUGAAGAAUGGGAAACGAUCGUUCGUGAACACGCGGAGCGAUGCUUCGAAGAUGCCGUCGACGCCACUAUGGAGCAGACGCGACAGUUUUGCUUGCGACGCGCGGAAAAGUUGGCUUUGCAGUACGAACCGCUGCGUAGUUCUUUAUAUCAACGGAUUAGAGGCGAGCGUUCGAAGACAAAAAUCGUGGAGCCGUCGAUACAGGCUCGCGUGGCGCCGCCAUCGCAAUACGUCGAAGAAAUGACGACGACACGUCCGUAUAAAUUGAAUUCCGCGGCGUCGCAACCACUCGGUAUCGAUAUGAUCAAGCUUCAAUCAGUGGCGAUUUCUGGUGUCGAGCAAGGCGCCGUCGUUGCGUCGCAGGCGGCUGAAAAGGUUGGCUCGUUCCUCAACUGGAUCGUAAGCGAGAAUGAAGAGAGCGAGGACGAGCGUAGACGACGAGUUGAGCACGAGCGCGUCUGGCACGAAAGGCGCCAAAAGUUGUGGGAUGCCGAGCGCGCGCAACGUGUGGAGACGCAAAACCGAGGCAAACACUCACCGACGGCGUCCUUCGUCGAAACGACGUCCAAGCUCGUAGACAUCAUAGACGGUUCGCUUGGCGGCGAAUCUCAGCUCGAUCAAGCCAACGCGAGGAUUCGCGCGCUCGAGGCUGCCCUCGCGCGAUACGACCCGUCGCACGAGCUGUUGCGCUAAACUA